GUACAGAUGGGGUUUCACCAUCUUGUCCAGGCUGGUCUUGAAUUCCUGACCUCGUGAUUCACCCACCUCGGCCUCCUAAAGCACUAGGAUUAAGGUGUGAGCGACCCCGCCCGGCCCCAUUUUAGUUUUUAACAUAAUCAGCCUCUCAGCAGCAUUUGACCUGGUUGACUUAAUUGCCACCUCAAAACACUCUUAAAUUUCUGGCUGCCUUGAGACCCCACUCUUCUGGCUCCCCUCCUUCUCUGGCCUUCUCAUCCCAUUUGCUCCUUUUCCUCUAGACAUGUGCACAUGUCAGGGUCCUUUAUGUCCUUAUGUAGUCCUCUCCCUAGGUGAUUCCAUCUAUCCCCAUAGCUUUUCACACCCUCAGUACCUCCAGCUCGGACUGUCCUCCGAGUCUGGCUCCUCUGAUACCUGGCUGCCUACUGUCUCAUGGCCACUAACUUAGCAGGCUAGAAGCUGAACUAAUUGUCUUCCCUCACAAGGCUGCUUCCUCCCCAGUCUUCCCUAUCCUACUGAUGGUGCUACCAUCUGCUCCCUUGCUCAGGCUGGGGAUUCUUGACACUCCCGUCCCGCUCAUUAGGUCCUGUUGAUUUGACUGUUGCUCACUCUUCUGUGGUUCUACCCUUAGCAAGCCUGUACUACUGCAGUCACCUCCUUACUGAUCUCCCUGUUUCUACUUUUCCUUCUUUUCAAUCCAUAUCUGCAUAGCUAAAAUCCUUCGAAGUUUUCCUGUGGCCUUAGAAUAAAAUAAAGUUCAUGCUCUUCACCUGGUGCCUGGCUGUCUCUGCAGUGCCUCCUUCUACCGCCCACUCUCUUCCUCAACUCCGGCCCCACUGGCCUUUGUUGGUUCUUUAAAUACAACAAACUCUUUCCUGCCUUUGGCCUUCACACAUGUGAUUCCUCUGCUCCUUUGCUUGGUUAAUUCCUGUUUCUUCUUCAGGCCUGUGCUGAGAUGUCAUUUUUUUCAGACUUUCUAGAACCGCUAAGUUUAAAGUAGCCCUUGCCCCAUGUGGUGUCUCUCAGUUUCCUGUUCCGCCCUUCCAUCCAUAAGUAUAAACGACCUGCAAUCGGUCAUUUAUACUUAUCUGCUUACUUGUUUGGUGUGCCCUCUUCCCUGCUAGACUGUAAACUCAGGGUUUGUUAUACUACUUUACACCCUAGCAGAAUACAUGUUCAUAGAAGGUACUCAAACAAGAUUUGAUGCGUCAAUGACCGAAGAUAGGAAGUAAGUGCUCAGUGGAUGAUGAUGACUGUUAGGGGAGUCAGGGUCAGCAGGGAAGAUAACAUUGGGUGCUAGAGUACGUGGGGGCUCCUAUGAGGGGUUGGGGCUGGGCUCUGAAGAAUGAGCAGGAUUUGGGUAGGGAUUAGAGAGAGGAGAGGUCAUCCUCCUCUGCAGAAUCAGAAGGUGAAGUAUGGUUGAAAGAUAAGCCUAUAAGUAGGCAGAUAAACUUGUGCCUUGCCUAUUUCAGAACUUUAGGCAAGUAGAAACUUGUCUUCUCCUCCCACCCCCACCAUAUUAUCCAUAGUUUCCACCCCUCACCCUCACCUGGGGGUGUGCAUACGAAGCUGCCACACCUGAUCUUACCAGUAACCCUGGGUGUGUUUGAAGUAGAUGCUGGGGAGAUGGUACCAAGGGAAGCAGCCCGCUGUGGGCACACUCAGAAAGUAUGAGUGAGGGGAGGAGGUGUAGCAUGUGGAGGAGAUGCCUGGGGUAGCCCCUGGACAGAAGCCAGCUCCUUUCUGCUCUCUGAGGUGUCCAUUGGUUCAGCCUGUCGGCUUGGCCAGAACCUGCCUUCUUCAUGCCUCAGUUUUCCUGGGUGAGAAUAGGGAAGCAAUGCCCUGCUCCUCCCUUUCAGAGGGCUUGUGGUUAGGUCAUUCUGGGUGAGCCUUCCUGCCCUGGGAGCCUUUGCUAGCCAUCUUCCCCCAGGCCUGAGUCCUUGGCACAGCCUGGCAGGGCUCUUUCUAGAGGAGGGUAGGAGGAACUGGGCCCAGUGGACAGCAGGAACCUGGGUGGAGAUAUUCUCAGGCCAUGGCUGGGCUCCUUUGAGCCUUCUGUGGCUAUUGUGUGUGGAUGGUCUUCCUCUGCUCUGACCCCAUAGAGAGCUCAAGCCGCCUCUAACCAGCUUCUUCCUCUCACCAGGAGCGUCGCUGGAUUUUCUCUGAGACAAGCCCACCCGUCCAGCAAAAUAGAGUCCCUCAGGGUGACAGUUGACUUCCUGAAGGUGCCUCUUGGCCUGAAGAAGCCGGUGCUGAAGGAGGUGGCUGUGGGGCCCCCCAAGAGGCCCCAGCCUGCGGCCCUGGAGCGCUAUAAGGCGCGGCGUUCAGACGCCAUGGACACCGAGUCCCAGUACUCGGGCUAUUCCUACAAGUCGGGCCACUCCCGCAGCUCCCGCAAGCACAGGGACCGCCGGGACCGACACCGCUCUAAGAGUCGAGAUGGGAGCCGAGGGGACAAGUCGGUGACAAUCCAGGCUCCCGGGGAGCCCCUGCUGGACAAUGAGUCCACACGAGGGGAUGAGCGGGAUGACAACUGGGGGGAAACGACGACAGUAGUAACGGGCACCUCAGAGCACAGCAUCUCCCACGAUGACCUCACGCGCAUCGCCAAGGACAUGGAGGACAGUGUCCCUCUGGACUGCUCCCGUCACCUGGGUGUGGCGGCAGGGGCCACCCUGGCGCUGCUGUCUUUCCUCACGCCGCUGGCCUUCCUGCUGCUGCCCCCACUGCUGUGGCGGGAGGAGCUGGAGCCUUGCGGGACGGCCUGCGAGGGCCUCUUCAUCUCUGUGGCCUUCAAGCUGCUUAUCCUGCUGCUGGGCAGCUGGGCUCUGUUCUUCCGCCGGCCCAAGGCCUCGCUGCCCCGCGUCUUUGUGCUGCGCGCCCUACUCAUGGUGCUGGUUUUCCUGCUCGUGGUCUCCUACUGGCUCUUCUAUGGUGUGCGCAUCCUGGAUGCUCGGGAGCGCAGCUACCAGGGCGUGGUGCAGUUCGCCGUGUCCCUGGUGGACGCCCUUCUUUUCGUGCACUACCUGGCCGUGGUCCUGCUGGAGCUGCGCCAGCUCCAGCCUCAGUUCACGCUCAAGGUCGUGCGCUCCACCGACGGCGCCAGCCGCUUCUACAACGUUGGCCAUCUCAGCAUCCAGCGCGUGGCAGUGUGGAUCCUGGAGAAGUAUUACCAUGACUUCCCUGUCUACAACCCCGCCCUCCUCAACCUGCCCAAGUCCGUCCUGGCCAAGAAAGUGUCUGGCUUCAAGGUGUAUUCCCUCGGAGAGGAAAACAGCACCAACAACUCCACUGGCCAGUCUCGGGCUGUGAUCGCAGCGGCAGCUCGGAGGCGGGACAACAGUCACAAUGAGUACUACUAUGAGGAGGCUGAGCAUGAGCGAAGGGUGCGCAAGAGGAGGGCCAGGCUUGUAGUGGCAGUGGAAGAGGCCUUCACUCACAUUAAGCGGCUUCAGGAAGAGGAGCAGAAGAACCCCAGGGAGGUGAUGGACCCCCGGGAGGCAGCCCAAGCCAUCUUCGCAUCCAUGGCCCGUGCCAUGCAGAAGUACCUUCGGACCACCAAACAGCAACCCUAUCACACCAUGGAGAGCAUCCUGCAGCACCUUGAAUUCUGCAUCACGCAUGACAUGACGCCCAAGGCCUUCUUGGAGCGAUACUUGGCGGCUGGACCUACCAUCCAGUACCACAAGGAACGCUGGCUGGCCAAACAGUGGACACUGGUGAGUGAGGAGCCGGUGACCAACGGGCUCAAGGAUGGCAUCGUUUUCCUCUUAAAACGCCAGGACUUCAGCCUGGUGGUCAGCACUAAGAAGGUCCCAUUCUUCAAACUCUCCGAGGAAUUUGUGGAUCCCAAGUCGCACAAGUUUGUCAUGAGGCUGCAGUCUGAGACCUCAGUGUGACUGUGCAACAGCAGGGGGAGUGGGAGACUCUGGGGGGCUCCUGAGGGAGUAGGAAGGGGCUUGGUUCUCAGGCCCAGCCACUUUCCUCCCCCCCUUUUUUUUUUUGCUUUUUUUUUUUUUUUUUUUUUUUUUUUUACUUGAAUUAACUUACCCCCACCUUCUCUCCUCUCCUCUUCCUUAUUUUACCCCAUGUGAACCUGGACCAUCCUGCUGUCAACAGUACCUGCGAAGGACCCCUCUCCCCUGCCCCCAACAACUUUUGUAUUACUCUAGGCGCUGCAGGAAUCAGUGCCUCUCUCCCUCUUCUUUCCCUACCUAGUCUUUUCCCAGAUUGCAGUCUCUCCUGAAAGGGCACAGGACCCUGCUAAUUGUACCUUCCCCUCCUGAGCCUCGACUCACAAACCCAAGUUCUUGUAGCAUUUCUCUUCAGUGGCCCCAGCAGGGUUUCUCUGGGGCACAUGGUCAUGACUCCAGAGAGCCACAGUGCCAAAUUCCUCCAGGGCAGCAACUAGCCCUCCUGUCCCUCACACCAGCCACAACAAACCCUGGGUCCUGGGGCAGGGAUACUCCUGCCACACAGUCUGAGUUAGGAAUCUCCUUGCCAGGAGCAUUUGCUUCCACAUAUAUUUAGAGCAAAGAAGGAUCCCAUCCUUUUCCCAGAAAUCUCCACCUAAUGUUUUUGGUUUGUAUGGUCACGUGACCAUAGGCAAACAAGUGGAAACUGUCUGUGGCCACUUUUCCAGGGACUUGGGAGAAGGUACCUUUCUUCCAAUGUGUCCUUCCUAGGCAGUCCCCGAGGAGGAGGGCUGAAUAGAUCCCUGAGGGUUUGGAGAGACCCCCAUCAUUGACUCUUGCUCCCUGACCCUACCCUCACUUUCCUCCUUGCUCUUCCCAGUGAAGGAUGGUAAGUCCUGUACAGACUUAGUGGCUUACAGACCCUGACCCAGCCCCCGUGGUCUUAGACAAAUGUUUUUAUUUUUGUCAUCAGCCACCCCUGUCCUGCUGUCUUCUCUCGACUCCAGAGACCUGUUGCCUCAUCUCUUUUGGGGAAGAGCUGGCAGCUCCUCCUCAUCCCCUGCCUUAAGUCCAGUUCUUUGCCUCAGGGGUCUGGUUUCCUUGGCCUUCCAGGGUCCCCACCCCUUUUCUCCCUGCCUGAUUCUCUGAGCUCUGGGCUCCCUCUGUACUGGGUUGAGGGACAAGGAUCACUGCCUUUUGUAGGUACUUCACCCCUCACCCCAUUUUAGCUUCCAUAGUCUUUGCACCAAAUCCAAAUUCUUGAUAAUUUAGAUCUCAUUUUGAGCAAAAUUUGCUGGUCCUCUAAUAAAUCUUUUCAAUAUAAAUCUGAGCCUUUGACUCAGACAUUUUUGCCAAGGAAAAUAGAAUUAGGAAGUACCCAUAUACAUCUAGCCAGGAUCCACAUGGAGGACCUUUCCAAUGGCUGCAAUGACUAGGCCAUUCCUCUGAGUAACUCACAGUGUCCCUUUGUAGGCCCUUCUUUUCCCUGGAAGACUCGUUGGUACUUACCUUGCAGAGCACAUCCUGGGAUAAGAUCCUCAGGGUCUCACCUGGGAGGCCCCCUCUCUGUGUAGUGCCAGCCCUGGGAAUGAUGGAGCCUAGUGAUCGGGGUUUCUCCUGCUGUCCUUUCUGCAAAAGUUCACCUGUUCACCCACCACAUGCCAGAGAGGGGCUCAUUGGCCAAUACCUACCUUGCCCCCAAAGGGGUGAGUUGUAGAGCUCACUUAGGCAUGGCCUCUGGCUGGGGCCAGGGUUAUGAGAUAGGCCUGUAUGAAAUACGUCCUGUUCUGGGGGUCUGUCUCUUUUCUUCUCUUCAAAAUCCUUGUGUCAGAGGAGUCCCUUCUUAGUCACAUAAAUACCUCACUAUCCUGGAAAACAGGGCCUGGAUGGUGACUGGGGUCAUUGCCUUUGGGGGCAGGAUGGAGUGUGGUGUGGUCUGAGGAGCAGAUUGGGGUUGGAGAGAGGGAAAGGAUUUGGGAUCUUAGUUGCUGUCCUAGGUUAGGGGCAGGGGAGUGUUUAUUUUAAGAUCCUGCCAUGUUUUUAAUCACUGUGAUUUUUUUUCAUUCCCCUUUCCUAAAAAAAAGAAUUUUCUCCUCCAACUCUCUCUCUAAGCACUAAGGGCUGUGCCUGAGAAUGGUAGCAUUUUGGUCUUUUGCGUCAGAACUGUGGUAUCUUUGUCUUCUUUCAUUGUUGUUAUUAUUAUUAUUAUUAUUACUUUUGUUUUUUAAAAUGUCAGGAUGAAUUGUCAGACGUAUGGCCAUGUGUUUGUCCUCUGCUUCUCCUCUGUGGGAAGUUGUCUCCAUGCUGUAAACUGCUGUGGGAUGUGCGGCUGACUCAGUCCCUCUGAGCAGUUUCCCCACUGUGUCUGUCCCAUCAUGCGCUGGAUCUGCUCAUUCUCCUGCUGUGGGGGUGUGCCCACCUCUUACCCCCUAGACACCAUAGGGCUGCUGUGGCUGGGCCUCUCCAGUACUCUCUUUUGUGUGACUCAUGGCAUCCUCGCUCAUCCCCACCGUGCCUAGCAGGCCUUCCUUUUCACCACCUCGGAACGCUUGCCCUUCCUCCCUCCACACCAGGACGCUGUGCCUCAGUCCUUCACCUACCUCGCCACUCUGCCACUGUCCUCAUUGGUCCUUUCUCCUAAACUAGUCUUUGUGCUCUCUUUUUUUCUUGUUUAUUUCCCUCUUGUCUCUCAUCUUUUCUUCCUCUUCCCCUCCCAUUUCAGUCCUUUACUUUUCUCUUUCCCAUCUCCUCUCAAUAUUCCAAUGGCAAACCCUGAUGUAAUACCUUUGAUGAGACAUCGGGCUCUCCGGAACUUUCUCAUUUGACACAUCUUUUCCCCAGGGUUUGUACUUCUCUUCUUUCCCAGGCGAACUCCCCUGUUCCUCUGUGGUGUCUGUCAGUCUGUCUGUCUUCUCCUUCCUCUGUCCUUCCCACGGGGCAGUAUCUGCUGAUGGAUUCAGUCCUGGUGUGUGAUUGUUGUGAUUUGUUCUUCUGUGCGCAAAAGGAAGGGGGCUUUUUGAGUCCCUUCCAAGUGAGAUUGUAAAUGUAGAAUUUUCCACUGUUGGAUCUAGAUUUUUUUUCUUUUUGGGGGGGGGGUUACAGAGCUGAGACCUUGUGCAUGCAUGUAGAAAAUUGUAAAAUGUAAAUUUUUUUUUAAUAUAUAAAAAGCUUGUUUCUACAGUUUGCAGUGGAUCUAAACAUUAUGGCAAUUUUAGGGUUUUUUUCUUAAACAUAGGAACUAAAACUGUACAAAUUUUUUUUUAUAUAAAAUAAAGACAUUUGACUUUUGUGGGGG